GCAGCAGCAGGAUUACUCCCAGACCACCAUUUUUUUAAACAGGACUUUUUCUAUUGCUUUUCUACCAGAUUUAAGUCACCAAAACAACAACUUGAAGAAAAUAAGGAUUAAAUGACUUUACAUGGACUGGGGAAAACUAGUUUGACAAGAUUUCUUUGGGAUUUGCAAAUAAGCUGAGCUAAGUAACAUCUUGCAACUGGAAUGGUGAGAUUGCAUUCUUUAGUCAUAGCACAUAUUUGAGCUGAUCAUUUUCCAACUAUACUGACUGCAGUGUUGACCAUGGAGAACAUAACCCAGCAAGUAGUUUAUCAGCUCAUUGAGGACUGUGAAGCCACUAACAAGAACCUAUACAAGUUCUAUGCAGCUGUGAUGAUCAUUAUAUUUAUACUAGCACUGCCACUCAAUGCAUCCGUCCUGCAUCUAUUCAUUUUCAAGCUCAAGUUUUGGAAAUCAAACACCAAUAAUGUUUUUCUUUUCAACUUAGUCCUGGCUGAUAUCUUGUUGCUGUUCUGUUUGCCCAUAAAGGCACACAACUACAUCAAGGGGGAGAGGAGGAGUCCAAAUGACGCAGUGUGCAAGGCAAUGCUGUUUAUGUUGUUUUUGAAUCGAGGCGCUAGUAUUGCUUUCCUCACAGUGACUUCCAUAGACAGAUAUUUUAAUGUGGUCCACCCCGGGCGCAAGAAUCUACUGAAAGCGCUGAAAAAGUCACCGCAUAUCUCCAUAAUUAUCUGGAUCCUGCUCCUGCCCCUCACUAUUCCCACCAUGCUCAAGAACUUUGACUGCUGCAACAGCCACAAGACUGAUGACAACGAUACUAAAGAUGAUGCACUGAUCAAGGAUGUGGUGGACAGCUUGCGAGAGGCUGUGUUUUUCUCUCAGAUCAUCAUUCCCUUCUUCAUUCUAGUCUACUGCACCGUCCGAAUCGUGAACCGCCUGAGGAAGAAGACAGUCGGAGACAAGACCAAGCUAAAGCGCGCCACCUUUUUAGUCAUGGCCGUUAUGGUGGUGUUCUCCUUCUGUUUCCUGCCCUGUACCUUGGCCCGGAUGGUUCUGUUGAUUGCCCGCGUGCAGGAGUGGCCUGAGAUGUACCAGGACAAAGCAGCAGUGGCUUUCGAUGGACUCAUGGUGUUGUCCUACAUGGACUGUCUCCUGGAUCCCAUGGUCUACUGUUUUUGUAGCACAAAGUUUAAAGGCCUGUACCUCUCCAACUACUUCCCAUUCCUGUAUAAAGAUUCACAAGUCCCCAUCGAGAGCUCGACAGGACAGACAGCAUCAAAACCAACAAGGAACACUGUCAUUUAAAUGAAUGAGAGGGGCGUUUGGAGCUGAAAAUAGGACAGAAAACUGAGCCUUUUGCAUAACAGACAUGUAAAUGAAGAUACCUUUAGAUUUGUCUGUUAAACAUGGAAAUAAUUGCAUGUAGUUGGCUGAACUAUUAUAAGAAAAUAUAGGUACUUGGCUUUUUUAAAAGUAUGAUUUGUUUUGAAGGUUUUGGACACUCUUCAAUUUUUUAGCUGUUGACUUCUGGGCCCUCGGAUUAAAAAUAUGAGUUGAAAUAGGGUUGUACAUAGCUAAAAUUCAGCAUAUGUAUUCCUGAUGACUUGCACUUCCAGUAAAUCUAGCAUUCAACUUUUGUAUGAGUUUAGAUGAAUUGGACUCAAGAAGAUUACUUAGAUAUUUGCAUGAAAUUAAAGACUCGCACUUGAAAUCUCAGUGACUAAGUAACUAAGACUAAACUCAGAGUAGUGAAGUCUAAUACAGUGACUGAUGUGAUGUUAGUACAAUGUAUCAUAGUGUAAAGAGUCAAAGACAUUCUUAGUAAUACUGUACAUGUUCAAAGUAUAGGUCGGUGUAAACAUGAAAACUGCAUUAGGUAUUAGUACUUAAAAAUGUGUACAUGAAAGAUUUCUGAAGAGGCUUUAUCUCAAGAAUGCAGUUCACAUCUGCUUGCAUUCCCCUUCGUGUCAGACACACACAUGUCUUAUCUGUGUGUCAUAAUGUGCUCCAGUUACCACAAAGAUGUGUUUGAUAUGUGAAAAUACUUGACAAAUAUACAGUGAUGUACAGAGAUACAGUGCUUAAGCUUUAUGUCCUAUGGAGUUACCCUAUAUGUUAGUCCUAUGGAAAUGUUAUUGUAUGUACAGUGUGUAAAGUUUAUGGAGCGAUAACCCAGUAAUUACAAAUGCUGUAUACAUUUCUCAU